GACACUUUGUUUGGCUUAAUACUAGUCAGAGCUCAUUUGACUGGAGUUUUAGACAUUAAAAAAUCUUUAUCUGCAUUGCUGGUGAUGUCAAAAGAAAACAUCUUGGAGCACUUCUGUUUCAUUUUUCUGUAUCUUUAUUAGUUUGCACACCAACAGGGAGCACUGAAGGGUAGAGCUGGCUACAAUUUAAAAAAAAAACUUUUGGUCUGUUUCACAGACGUUAUUGGUCCUAUUUUUGUCUAAGGUUGGUGUCUUAACGUGAUUCACCAGAAGCCAUGAGUUCCUUGGUAAUGAAUACUGUAGGAGAUGGCAACAGCACAAGCUUUGACCUUAUCCAAAAUCGGAUUGAGUCACUUAGCAGCAAAAUGGACAAGCUCAUCAACAUUCAAGAAAAAGUCCUUAACCGACUGGAUGGGAUGUCUCAGGACAUUGACUUAAUUGAAAAGGAUAUGGAGAAUCUGAGGGUUGACAAGGAGGAGAUCCAUCUCCCACCCAAGAUGGUGAACCAGACUAAGGUCAUGGGGCGAGAGGUGAGGGAGAUAUGCCAGGAGAUGAGCACCAUAAUGUCGGCGGUGAACCAGCGUUCCGAGCAGCAGGCUCAAAAGCUCGAAGGGAUGGAAAAGCUGGUCCUCAGCAUGCAGCAGAUGAUCAGCUUCAUUGGGGAGACGGUGAAGAAUUCCAGGGUUAUGGAACUGAUGUUCAAAGGCCCUGCUAUUCGGAAGGGCUCCAAACCUAAAGACAAUAAAGGCAAGCAAACCGCCAAGAGGAAAUCAUCUACAGACACAAUAAACAAGCUUGACAAGAAACCUACCUCUAAUAAUGCCAGUAAAGGGAAACACGGGAUAACACCUGCAUGUGAUCCCAGUUCUCCUCAAACUUCUCCCAAGAUAAAGCUCCAUGGACCAAAGCAUUUCCUCGCCUCUCGCAAAUGUGGAAACUUUUUGAAGGACCACAAAGGUAAAGAUGGGACAGAUAAGCCCCCUUUGAGCCCCAGGGGUCCAAAAGCUCAAAAUAAGAUGAAGCCUCCAGACACAGCAGAACAUAUCUCCUUGAAGAAGCAGAUGUUGCUACUUGAAGAGGUGCAGAAACUCAACAGGGAGAAUGCAGAAAAAUCCUGUCACCAGCUCACUGGAUCUCUGGAUCUGGAGGCUGGAGUGUCCCCUGAAGAGAAAGAUCAACAACCUGACGCUCCUGCUUGCAACUUGGUAGACUACCUGCGUGAAGAUUGCCAAGUGGCUGAGACACACGAGGAAGAGGUUUCGGUUAAAGAGAACGAACCCAAGCUCGAUGUGGAGGAUGUAAUGAAAGAAAAAGGGGAAGAAAAACUCUCAGAGGAAAAGAAGGAAGAGGUUGCUUCUCCUGAUGAAGAAGUAGCCUGUGCCCCGGAGUUGCCUGCUGCCCAUGAGGACGAAAAAGAGCAAGCCCCUUCAAGCUGUGAUGACCACAAAGAUGCCUCCCCAUCUCCAGAGGCCGCGCAGGACCAGAAAUCAGAGGUCAGCACAACAAGUACCAAGUUCUGUGUGACCGAGGAACACUUUGCAGUGGAGGAAAACACAAAGAGCCAAGAGGAGGAGAAGAAGGAAGACAACGAGGAGGAGGAGAAGAAGCUUGAGUCUGAGGGCUGGGCAGUCUUCCAGGCAAAUGGAAUUGAACUCCAGUUGGACCUAAAACAAAGGGUGGAGAGAGAAAGAAGAGAAAAGGACGCAGAAAUGGAUGCCAAAAAGGAGGAUGAUGAAAGUGCAGAGCGGUACUUUAUUGACACCUCUCCGCCUCCAACGGCUCCUUUUAAUCACCACACUGUUUCUGCCAAGCCCAACCAGAUCAUCAACUUCUACACCAUCAACUGGCAGGAGGUCCUGGGCGGGGGUCGUUUUGGCCUGCACAAAUGUGUUGAAAACUCCUCCGGUCUCACUUUGGCAGCAAAGGUCAUUAAAGCCAGGAGUCUGAAAGAAAAGGAGGUGGUGAAGAAUGAGAUCCAGGUCAUGAAUAAUCUGGACCAUGCCAACCUGAUCCAGCUCUAUGCAGCUUAUGAGUCAAGGAAUGACAUCAUCCUUGUACUUGAAUAUGUUGGUGGCGGGGAGCUGUUUGACAGGAUCAUUGAUGAGAACUACACUUUAAUGGAGCUGGACGCUGUUCUGUUCAUCAGGCAAAUCUGUGAUGGCCUGCAGCACAUGCACAAAAUGUAUAUCCUACACUUAGACUUGAAGCCAGAAAACAUUCUGUGUGUGAGCAGAGUCACGAAUAAGAUCAAAAUCAUCGACUUUGGCCUUGCUAGGAUAUAUAAACCACGUGAGAAACUGCGAGUGAAUUUUGGCACUCCGGAGUUUCUUGCUCCUGAAGUCAUCAACUAUGACUUUGUGUCAUUCAACACAGACAUGUGGAGCCUCGGCGUCAUCACCUACAUGCUUCUGAGCGGUCUCUGUCCCUUCCUUGGCGACGAUGACAACGAGACCCUGAACAACAUCUUGGCCUGUAAGUGGAACUUCGAGGAACAAGAGUUUGUAGAUACAUCCGAGGAAGCCAAAGACUUCAUCUCCAAACUCCUCAUUGUGAAUAAAAGUUGGCGGAUGGGGGCAUCUGAGGCCUUGAGACAUCCUUGGCUAUCUGACCCAGUCCUGCAUCAUCAUCUUCAUACAAAGAAAACUAUGUGCAGAUCACGGCGAUCAUCGUGCGUGCCCACCACUGAUAGUUGAGGGCUACAAUGAUGUGAUAGCUUUAGCUGUGGCCACUUGGACCAACCCUUCUGUCCAUGUAAAUUACCUGAGUCCGUGCACCUGUGGCAUGGGCUUAAAUUCUGGCUACCCCCGCAAACUGAUCCAGUGUUGUUGUGUUUAUGUUAGCAAUAUACGAAACAAUGUACAAACUAUUUUUUUCAAUUGGGAUUAAAACAUGAAUAGUCCCGUCAUGCAUUAAUUAGACUGCACUUUCAUGAAAAUGUCUUUUUCUUAAAUAAAGUACUUUUCAUGACUGCAAUGCAAGACAAACAAAGGGUGAAAAAUAAGCUUGUUGGCAAAUCAAAUGUUAAGGUUGUUUGUUUGAGAUGUUUGUUAUUUUUCAUCCCAUCUUGUAUGGCAUUUCAAACCGCUGCUUAUGUCAUGGUCUGACCUGUAUUUGUGUAUUAGUGCCUAAUCGUGAAAGUUGCAAGUUGAGUAUACACAUUGUAAUAUCUACUUCAUUUUGAAAUAUCCACUCAGUGAGCCACUCUCAUUUAUCUCUAACCAAACACAUUGUGCUGUUUUGCUGCUUUUGUAUCAAGGCUACAGCAUGAUUGGUAUUAUGUGACUAUGAUAACAUGUGCUGCAUUUCUCUCCUCUCAGUUACAAGUAUUAUCCAAUCUGAAGUGUAGAUUUAAAAAUUUAGAUUUUCUUAUAUCUUGGGGGACAUUGAAUCAAUAAGUCUCCAUUAAAUUGCUGGAUGUGUAUUGUAUGUAUGGACAGAGAGGAAUUUCUGCUGUUGGUGUCAUAAGCUGUAGUAUGUGCACUUUAUAAUGUUAUUUAUUUCAACAUAGAUUAAACAUAAAGCUACCAUAGUUCCAUUGGAAAUUAUGGCUUGGUGUGUGUGGUCAGAUCUACCCAUAAUUCCUUCCUACUUCUGUUUCAUGCUGCUUUGUCCCGGUGUUAAUAAAGAAAAUAUAGUUUUAUUUCAUGACAAACAAACACAGUAGACGUCUUAUCGGUUAAGUGUGUUAUUUUUACUCUAUUUUGCAUGUAUCUGUGUUUUAUCAACCAUUGAAGCUUGAACUAGACACACAGAGAAAUAUUUCUUUUGUUACUUACUUUUUUUUUUAAAACUCUUUUUCACUCUAGUUGCAUAUUAAUGUUACUGUAGAUGCUUUUUCCACAAAAUAAUUGAAAUGCCUUCUGUGAAGGUUCAGUGAAACUAAUACACUACCUAUGUGAUGUUGCCUAAGUUGAUAUAAUGUUGUUAGCUCUACAUUUAUGUGGUUUUAAUUCAACUCCAUUAUGAAUGUUACAUUAAUUGUUGUUGAACACAGAGUGCUAGUGAAAGAAGCUGCUCACCGAGUGUUAACAAUAUCAAAUUCAGCAUGUAUUUGUGAAGUGUGUAGACAUCCAUUAAACUGAAAUUGUGUCUUAAA